AUGGCGACCAUUUCUAGACCUCCUGUCGCUCCUAUGCCAUCUAUAUCUCCCUCAGCGACGCCAGAAAGCAAUCUGGGCCCACUCACUCCGACGAGUGACCAGGUAGUGGUACUCUACGUGAUAAUCGCCAUGUCGGUCGUCAUCUUCGGCUUCUGGAACGUCCCAAUCGUCCGCAAUUUCAUCAACCCUCUCAAACUCUUCACCAUCGGGUGGCAUGAGCUAUGCCACAUAACAGCUGCCAUCCUCUCUGGUGGGCGAAUACUCAAGAUCACGAUUGAUCCUCAUGUGGGAGGUGCGACAAUAGUUGAAGGAGGGAGUCCGUGGUUUACUCUCACAGCGGGAUACGUCGGCUCGACACUACUCGGCGGUGCUUUCGUACUUGCGGGAUGGAAUACUCUCGUUGCGAAGAUAUUAAGCUUUGUGCUGGGUGUCGGGCUGAUUAUCCCGCUCGUGCUCGUACGAGAUAAAAUCUAUGGUCAUUGGGUUCUGGUUUAUCGAUCAUGGACAAGCUCUACGGUGGUUGUGUCUGUUUAUUGGCGUUAUGAAGUAAGUUUUGGCAAAAGCUUACUCGCUCGACGCGUUGCUCAAUCCGGCCUGCUUGGGCCUGGAAGCAUCCUUUUCGUGAUCUGGGAUGUUGCCGAUGAUAGGUUCUUCCACAAGACCAACGACUCCGACGCGACACAGUUCUCGCUUCUCUUCCCCAAGAUUGGCGCUCACAUCUGGGCCACCUUUUGGAUUCUCUUCCAACUGGCUUUCCUCGCUGGAUUCUGCUUGCUAGGAAUUUACGCCUUCAAGACUCUUGGUGAACACGAGAUCACUGCAGAUGACGAAAGAAGAGAUGGAUGCACAAGCUGGUAA